UCUUGCGGCUGCCCCAAGUCUCCCAAAAAAAAAAACCAGGUGCUCCAAUGGCUAUAAUAAAAUCCUUUUUCUCCUCUUCUUCAGCAACUUCUCCCCUGAAAAGAUCCAAAAUUUCUUAAAACCCCAGCAAAAUCUCCUAGUUUUAGGGUACAGCAUCUGAUGGAAUCCUUUUUAAUCAGCAUAUCCUCUGUUCUUUCAUGGAUUCCAUUACAUAGGUGUAAAUGUUGAAGGGGUGAAAAUCAGGGGGGCGAUAUAUAGUUGAAGAGAAAGAGAAAGAGAAAGAGAGGAGAGAUUAUGGAGGAGAGGCAUAUUUUGUUUGGGAAAUAUGAGAUGGGGAGGUUUCUGGGGAAAGGGACUUUUGCCAAAGUGUACUAUGGGAAGCAUAUGGUUUCCGGCGAGAGCGUGGCAAUUAAGGUUAUCAGCAAAGAUCAGGUGAAGAAAGAAGGGAUGAUGGAGCAGAUCAAGCGGGAGAUCUCCGUCAUGCGCCUUGUCCGUCACCCCAACAUCGUGGAGCUCAAGGAGGUGUUAGCGACCAAGACUAAGAUCUUCUUUAUUAUGGAGUAUGUUCGUGGUGGGGAGUUGUUCGGGAAAGUGGCCAAGGGGAAGCUGAAGGAGGAUCUUGCUCGGAAGUAUUUUCAGCAGUUGAUAAGUGCGGUGGAUUUUUGUCACAGUCGGGGGGUUUUCCACCGGGAUUUGAAGCCGGAGAACUUGCUAUUGGACGAAAAUGAAGAUCUGAAAAUCUCUGAUUUUGGGUUAUCCGCUUUGCCGGAGCAGCUCCGGUAUGAUGGGCUCCUGCACACUCAGUGUGGAACUCCAGCGUAUGUCGCUCCGGAGGUUUUGAGGAAAAAGGGGUACGAUGGAUCCAAGGCGGACAUUUGGUCUUGUGGGGUGAUUCUAUAUGUGCUUCUCGCCGGAUUUCUGCCGUUUCAGGACGAGAAUCUGAUGAAUAUGUACCGGAAAGUUUUCAAGGCCGAAUUUGAGUACCCACCAUGGUUUUCAACGGAAUCAAAGCGAUUGAUUUCCAAACUUCUGGUCGCAGACCCACAAAGAAGAAUCACAAUCUCGGCAAUAAUGCGAGUUCCUUGGUUUAGUAAAGGGUUCACCCGUCCGGAGGCAUUUUCAAUGGAAGAACCGGUGCCGGAGAUUGCAGAGGAGGACGACUCUGUUCCCAAAACCCACAAAUCCUCCUCGCCAAAAUUCUUCAACGCCUUUGAAUUCAUUUCCUCGAUGUCAUCAGGAUUCGAUCUCUCGAGUCUGUUCGAAACAAAAAGGAAAUCGGGGUCGAUGUUCACUUCCCGAUGCUCGGCAAGCGCUAUAAUGGCGAAAAUCGAAGGGGUCGCGAAAGGUUUGAACUUUAAGGUUGGGAACGUGAAGGAUUUCAAGAUGAGGUUACAGGGGACAUCGGAGGGGAGAAAAGGGCGGCUAUCGGUGACGGCGGAGGUGUUCGAGGUAGCGCCAGAGGUUGCGGUGGUGGAAUUCUCUAAGUCCUCCGGCGACACCUUGGAGUAUAUCAAGUUCUGCGAGGAAGAUGUUCGGCCGGCAUUGAAAGAUAUUGUGUGGACAUGGCAAGGCGACGGUUUCAAGAACUGUAGCAACGGUAAAGUUGAAGAAGACUGUGAAAAACAGCGCGACUACCCCUAGUCUGGCCUUCUUAACUUGAUUUUCCUUUCCUCUUAUAUUUUUGAAAAAUAUAAGUUUGAGAGCAAAGAUUUUGUAAAUAUUUCAGUUUAGUACAUUAUUGGAUGGGCUUUGGAUUUUGGCAUUUAAUUUUUUGU